CACACAAGCAACUCACUUCUCCUUCUCCUUCUCUUCUCCGCAUCACUCUGUCAUUAUCUCUAUAAAUACCAUCCCAUCCAUCAGCUCAUGCUCAAACCCUAAGCUCUUCCCUCUAUGUCCGCUUCCCUUCUCUCCUCUCCGAUCAUCCGUGAAGUUCACCGCUCGCCGGCGACCCACCUGAGAUCCAUAAUGGCCACCUGCGUCGACAACCCUCAGCCAAAGCCGACGAUGAACCAUCUAUGCAUGAAUCCAACCCGAUCCAAGAUCGAAGACUCACUCUAUAGGUACGUUGCCCUCUCUCGCCCUGGCUUGCAGGACCUCGUCUUCUCCCCUCCGGCAUCCCCCGCCGGCGAUGAAACCUGGGGGAGAAUCCGGGAGGAGGCUAGAGAAGACGCGGAGAUGGAGCCGGUUCUGAGGAAAUACUACGAGGAUUCGAUCUUAUCUCAUGGAUCGCUGGAAUCGGCGCUGGCGAGGCAUCUAGCGACGAAGUUAGGGAGCGAGAUCGGGAGUGAUGUGAUGGAGAAGGUGUUCAGAGAGGUGCUGGAGUCGGCGCCGGAGGUGGGGAGAGCGGUGAGGGCGGAUCUAAAAGCGGCGAGAGAUCGAGAUCCGGCGUGCACGAGCAUGGCGAGAUGCUUGUUGUACUACAAAGGGUUUCAAGCGUGCCAGGCUCACCGGAUCGCGCAUCGGUUGUGGAUGAAGGGGAGGGUGGCGAUGGCGCUGUUCAUCCAGAGUAGGGUUUCGGAGGUGUUCGCGGUGGACAUACAUCCGGCGGCGAGGAUCGGGGAAGGAGUGUUGCUGGAUCACGCGACGGGAGUGGUGAUCGGUGAGACGGCGGUGGUGGGAGAGAACGUGUCGAUCUUGCACAACGUGACGUUGGGUGGAACGGGGAAGGUGGGAGGAGAUCGGCAUCCGAAGAUUGGGGAUGGGGUUUUGGUUGGUGCGGGGACGCAAAUACUAGGGAAUGUGAGGAUUGGGGAUGGGGCGAAGAUAGGGGCGGGAUCGGUGGUGUUGAAGGAGGUGCCGGAGAGGGCUACGGCGGUGGGGAAUCCGGCGAGGGUGGUCGGAGGGAAAGCGAAGAAGGAGAAGGAGGAGAUGCCGGGAAUUAGUAUGGACCAUAGUUCUUGGUCAGAUUACGUCAUUUAGGUACGUUAUUUAUAUUUUUAUAUUUAUAUAUUAUAUAAAUGGACAUAUCACAGUGUCUAUAUAUAUAUAUAUGUAUGUAUGUAUGUAUGAUUUAUGUAUGUAUUUUCUUCAGAGAAUCGAAGUUUUCUGAAUGAAAUAAAGAUAGAAGAGUUUUUUUACUUUUUAAU